GCGGAGGCCCUAGCCGUGCGCGAGCUGAGCCGCAAGAUGGCGGCGGCGGCGGAGCUGCGGCUGCUGGAGAAGUGGCUGGGGCUGAGCCAGGGCAACAAGUACGGCGCUCACGGCGAGCGGCAGAUUCCAGUUCUACAAACAAACAGUGGUCCCAGUCUAACAGGCCUGACCACAAUAGCGGCUCAUCUAGUCAGGCAAGCCAACAAGGAGCACCUGCUGGGGAGCACCGCUGAAGAAAAGGCAGUCGUGCAGCAGUGGUUAGAAUACAGGGUCACUCGAGUGGAUGGACACUCCGCUAAAGAAGACACCCACACUCUGCUGAAGGAUCUUAAUUCAUACCUUGAAGACAAAGUCUACCUCGCAGGACACAACCUCACCUUGGCAGAUAUCCUGUUGUACUAUGGACUUCAUCACUUCAUAGUGGACUUGACAGUUCAAGAAAAGGAGAAAUAUCUUAAUGUGUCUCGCUGGUUUUGUCAUAUUCAGCACUGCCCAGGGAUCAGGCAACAUCUGUCGAGUAUUGUCUUCCUCAAGAACAGACUGUACGCCAACUCCCACUAGAAGUUGCCCGUUUAUGUGAUUUAAAAAGCUUUAAUGGAAAGUGGAUUUUGGACCACAGUACUAGCGUAAAUAUGUAGUCAUUGUUUCUUGUUAAAGUUGGUAGGAUUUUUAAAGUGUAAAUUUAAGUGUGAAUGUUUUAUUUGUUCUUUAGUUGAAAUUUUAUAGUUUUUUUGUAAAAAAUCACCUAUCAAAAAAUAAAGAUCAAGUUAUAAAUUA